AUGGCUUUCCCAAACAUGGUACUUAAGCUGCUGGUCCAAAGGAGAACCCAAAAAGUCUUAUUUGCAGAAGCCACUAAGGAGUUUGUAGAUUUUCUGUUGCACAUCUUCUCUCUGCCUCUCGGCACCCUCAUCCAGCUACCGGGUUCCAAUCAAAUGGUAGGUAGUUUGGGUCAACUCAAAGAAAGCGUUGAGAUAUUGAAUCAAGCUUACUUUCAACCAGGUAUCCGUAAAGAUGAUAUCGUUAACCCUAAAACAACGUUCAAUGGAAACAUGCUUCUGUUGUUGAAUGAUGCCUCUAUGGAUGAUGAACCUUAUACACCAAAAACACUCUACAGGUGUAGUUACAAUAUUCGUUCUCCAGGUUCAGGUUAUAAUAAUGGUCGUUGUAAUUAUAUAUGCGUGAGUGAAAAUCCGGAUGUUGUGUGUCCUAGUUGUGGUGCUUUGAUGAAUUUCCGUUUGACGCCUGCUGGGCCGCCUAAAAAGGACGAUGAGGCGGCGAUGAAGGAAGCGGAGAGGAAGAAAGUACUACAAGGUGGGUAUGUGAAGGAGGUGGUGACUUAUAUGGUUAUGGAUAACUUGGUGGUGAAACCCAUGUCCACCAUUUCUAGCAUUACUCUCAUCAAUAGCUUUGGGGUGAAUGAUCUGAAUCAGCUUGAGGAGAAAUUAUUUUCAUUUGGAAAUGAUGAGGCACUGGAGUUGUUGAAGGCGUCUUUGAUGACGGACCAAGUGCUAACGAUUCUGUUCAGGCAGAUGGAAUGA